GCAGCCGCGCCGCUCCGCACAGCGCCGGCGCCGGGCCAGGCCCCUGGCCCCCCACUUGGCGCCCCUCCCCUGGGGCGGAUGGGCACGGGCCUGGCAGGCCUGUUGCUGGACGCGCCCGGUACCCUGCAGGACAAGCAGGACGCGCGGCAGUUGGAUUGGGAGGAGCGCCUCGAGGUGAUCUUGAACAGCUUCUACGCGGAGCUAAGGCAGCGCCAUGCGAAGGAGAGGCAGGCUUUUGACGAUCGGCCAUGCGUCGACAAGAUCACCAGGAGCACGAUGGACAUCUCGAAGUGGAACCAGCAGGAGGUCUACCUGGACCCCAGCAGGUGCCUGCAGGCGCGCGCGUCGAGCAAGAGGCACCUGGAGAGGCACCGCGCGUGGCUGGCUGGCCCGAGGAGGUGCGGUGACGUCGCCCUGCACGACCUCGUGGCCGUGCAGCACUACCUGGACAUGGACCUGGAGGACCUGCAGCUGCCAGAGGCAGAGCGCCGGAACAGGGACUCGUUCGCCAAGGGCGGGCUCGUGAGCGAGCAGAUGCUGCUGGACGCGCCGCGGGCAACGCUGGUUGUCGACGGCGAGCAGUACAACUUUGCCGAGUACUGCGAGAGGGCCUGGUACGAGGGCGCAACCUCGAGUAGUUCGAGGCCGCUGGCGGCCGACCGCGCCGCGGGCCCCCCGGAGGGAGCCGCCGCGGCCGCCGAGGCCGCCGACGCCCUGCACGCCGCCGCCUCGGCGGCCGACCAGGCCGCCAGCGCGCCGCGGGCGGCGGCCGCGUCCGCGCCGCAGGCGCCCUUCGAGGAGCGGGCGCCUCGCUUGGCGGAGCACGACGAGGGCAUCCGAGGCGCCUUCCUGGAGGAGGUCACCGCGGCCGUGAUGCGCAGCCUGGCGCGGCACGGCGAGCCGCCGCCGCUGCUGGUCAGAGCCGUGACCUCGGCCAUGUCGCAGUCGGGGCUCGCCAGCGUCGAGCGGGCGUGCUUCUCCUCGCAGGUCGUCGUCAGCGGCGGCGCGCAGAGGGUCACCUACGCGCUGCAGGCCCGCGAGGACGGCGCCUGGGACGUGACGCUCUCCGUGCGCAAGCACGGCUUCGACCAGUGCAUCAUCUGGAGCGAAAUGUCCGACCUCGGCCUGGACGACGCCUCGCAGGGGUCACCGCUGAUCGUGCCCUGCACGGAGAGCUCCUUCGUCGAGAAGGAGUGCGGCGUCAGGUACCAUUGCGAGGGCGAGCAUGUCCAGGUGGACGUCUACAAGCUCCAGAAGGAGAUGAGCCUCGCAGAUCCGAGCGGGUCCCUGAUGACAGGACUCAAGGUGACCGAGGACGAGUCGUACAGCACAGGGCUGAUGAUUUCGCGCGGCACCGACCCUGUGUUCCACCCUGUGAAGACUGGGGAGCAGGCCGCGUGGAGCGAGAUAGGGGCUGGGACGUACCGCAUGCAGAAGACGGCGAAGAAGCCCGGCGGGCGCAAGUUCCUGUACAGCGCCCCCUUCAAGGGCACCUUCGAGGACGCGCAGAAUAUCGCCGAGCAGGUGGGAGGUGCCUUCAUCGUGAAGUUCAGCAGGUGGCUGCAGGUCGUGGGGGACGACUCCUACGACGCGGGCGACUCGCGGGACAGCUCCUCGGUGAUCUACCAGCGGAGCCCCCCGCCGCCCCCCCGCGUGUCGCCCCUGGACCUGGACGACUCGUCCCGGCACGAGGCCCACGUGGCGGCGAUGGAGGCGGCGGAAAGCGUCGCGUUUGCCGCGGCCGUGGCCGAUUGGAGGAGGCAGCGCGCCGCCCAGUCGAGGCCCGAGGACGCCUCCGCCGCCGCGCAGCUGCCCGCGCGGGCCCUGGCCAGCCUCCGCAGCCUCGCGGGCGCCGCGGCGGGCUGA